UCAUAAAUGCGCUUUGUGCCAGUGCGUCCUAGAUAGUUUUAUAGUAUCUUUUUCUUAUCUUCUAAUUUUCUUCAUUCUAAAUUUUAUUUUGAAAUUAUUAGAUGGUCGAUUGUUUCUCUUUUAUGACAAAAUAUUGCUUACUUUACGCCGGUUGUGGGCGUUAAUUUUUGAGAUGGCCCUUGUAUAUUCUAUUGCUGUAUUUAUUUUUGCAUCAUUUUUUGCUCAUUCUGUUCUUGCAAAUGUGCCAUACGAUAUCCGACUGGACGAAAAUGCGAAAAGGAUUCAUCAAAUAGAUUGUUUAAAUAUCUUAGUUUACGUGAUACUGCUUAUCCUCACCGUUUGCACCAUCUGGUUGUUCAAACAUCGGCGAGCCAGGUUUUUGCACGAAACAGGUCUUGCCAUAAUUUAUGGUCUAAUUGUGGGCGCCAUCAUCCGCUAUGGAGGACAAGACUAUGAGGUGGGCCAUAUCCGGGUGGUUCCUGCCAGAGGCUACGGUAGUAGUAACCUCAGUUACCCACCAGACAACCUGUUUUUUUCAAUGGAAGUUGCCAAGCAGAUGUCCAGCAAAGUCCUCAAGAAAGAGAACAAGACUUACGCCUAUUCCUUUCGCGGAGAGAUCACAGAUGUGGAGAACAAAAAGCUAGAUCAGAAAGCCACUUUUGAUCCAGAAAUUUUCUUCAACAUCAUCCUUCCUCCAAUCAUUUUUCAUGCUGGAUACAGUUUGAAACGGAAAUAUUUCUUCAGAAAUUUAGGAACUAUUUUCACCUAUGCAUUUCUGGGAACCACCAUAUCCUGCUUUGCUGUCGGUGGAGUAAUGUUUGCCUUUCUUCAACUGAUGCCAAGUUUAGAAUUCAGUUUCAAUGAUUGCUUAUAUUUUGGAGCUAUGAUUUCUGCUACUGAUCCAGUGACUGUUUUGGCCAUCUUCCAUGACCUUCACGUAGAUGUCAACUUGUAUGCCCUGGUGUUUGGCGAGAGUAUUUUAAAUGAUGCUAUUGCCAUUGUCUUGGCAGGGUCGAUCUCAAACUACGCUGAGAUGUAUGGGAAAGGAGAUGACGCCUUUCAGUCAAAAGCUGCUUUCCAGUCCAUAGGAAACUUUGUCUACAUCUUCAUCUGCUCCUUCCUCAUUGGCUCUGGCACAGGAUGUCUGACGGCAGCCUUGACAAAAUUCACUCGCCUUUGUGACUUUCCCCUAUUGGAAUCUAGCUUGUUCGUUCUCAUGUCAUACAGCACAUUCCUUAUGGCAGAGGCUGCAGAUCUGACGGGAAUUGUUGCUGUCUUGUUUUGUGGUAUUUGCCAGGCACAUUACACGUACAAUAAUUUAACUUUGGAGUCCAGAGCAAGAACAAAACAGCUUUUCGAGCUACUUAGUUUCGUGGCUGAAAAUUUUAUCUUCUGCUACAUUGGUGUCUCCAUGUUCACGUACCAGAAACACUUUUGGCAUGCUGGAUUCAUCGUCACUGCCUUUAUUGCCAUCGCUGUAGGAAGAGCUCUCAAUAUUUACCCACUUUCUUUAUUGUUAAAUCUUGGUCGGCACAAUAAAAUUCCUCUCAGUUUUCAGCACGUACUCUUCUUCUCAGGGCUGAGAGGCGCUAUGGCCUUUGCGCUGGCCAUUCGUAACACCCUGUCCGAACAGAGACAUCUGAUGCUGACCACAACGUCCCUCAUCGCCAUAGUGACAGUCAUGGUCUGUGGGGGACUGGCCACGCAGAUGCUGGCCUGGCUUGGAAUCCCAGUGGGUGUCGAAGAAGAUCUAGAAUUGCUCCAGUUUGGCAGUUUGAGAACGGCGUCUCAGGUGCCAACGCCCACUGACCUGCGAAGUCCACCAGCAGCACAGGUGCUAAAGACACCUUACGAAAAGGCCUGGCUGGUCAAGAAGUGGUAUAACUUCGAUCUGCGCUACAUGAAACCCUUGUUGACUCACAGCCGCCCUACCUUAAUGGAGACCCUUCCUUCAUUCUGCCACUCCUUAGCGAGGAUACUGACCAGCACGCAGCAACUAUCCAGUGAUGAUGCGGCAAAAGGAGAUGAUGAAGAUUCAGAUGCUGACAUGUGCCUGGAGGACAAUGCGUCCUACGGGGAUAGAGCUAAUGGAUUGGCCACGUUGAGUAUUACCGCCAUGCAGUUGAAUAAAGAGUUAAAAGUGGCGCAUCUACCAUAGAAAGUGAACUGGGUCGUCUCGCCGAUGCAAGGGUUCGAAUUCCCGGACCCUCUGGAGAUUUCGUAUGACGGAACAGGAACAUACAGUUUCUUGACUUCAUUUGUCACUAAUAACUGUCUACGAAUGACCAUCAAGAUAUUCUUCAGUGACUGUUCCACGCAGGGUUGAUUCGAAAAUGACGUUUGAAAUGACUCUUUCAUGAUUUGAGUUUCGCACGUGCAUUUCACAUGGAGUUAAAUUUUCCUGCUUAAUGAUGCUUAAGCAAUGAUCUUUCUUUACUGGCGUCUAGAGUUUGUACAACUCUUAGCUGUAUUUAUUGUCAUAAUUUUUUUGAAAGUUUUUUUUUUUUUUUUUACAAGUGCAGAUACGAGGAAGGAGGGAUGGGAAAUCAUCUCUCUGUUCAGGAACUCUUUACCAGCAAUUUUUCUUAAUUCAAUUUCAAAAAAAGCAAUUUUAUACAAUCUUUGAUAAUACUAAGAGAGGAAGUUGGAGCUCUAUUCUGGAAAUGUUUGGAAAUUCAAGACUUAAACGUUUGUAAUCACCAUGUGUAAACCAAGAUACGUUGUAAAGAGUAAGUAACAAAAAUCAAUCGUCACCUCCUUUUAAAAACUUUUGCAUCCGCCCUCACUUCUUGAAAACAAAUGUCUUUCACACUCUUGUUUUCCUAAAUUUCCAGAUUGUUCCACAAUUUUCUUUAAGAAGAUUUUGAAUUUGUUUAAUAUAGAGGAUAGCAACACAAUCCAUUUGGUGUUGGUUCUGUGUGCGUCCAAAAGCAAAAUAAUUUGCUCUAUAACUUUACCAUUCUGCAAGGGAGCCCAUUUCCCACGCCCAAGAAGGAAACCCCCCAAAUGAGAUUAAAAACUCUCUAAAUCCCCCCCCCCCCUCCCCUAAAAAUUUCAAUGAUGCAGUCUGGGCCAUCAACCCCCUCGCAGUCAUCCCUGCAGUCUGUGAUAUACAGACUGAAAAAGUUAACAAAUGUUCCUACUGUUGUUGUUCAACCCUCCAGAUUCAAUUGUUCAUAUUUGGCAUUGUGCUAUAAAAUAUACUCUAUACCCCAGCAAAGAAAGAGGAUCAUCGUACCCUAUUUGGCUCAAGAACUUUACAAUCGCUUAUUGUUGUUUAGCCAAUGGAAAGAUUUUGAAAACAGAACAGAAGUUCAGUGCACUGUCCCCUGAACUGAUUCGUCUUUCGUCCUUCAUUUUGUUUUAUUGUUGUGUGUUACUUAAGUAUUUAUCACUGUGCUUGUUAAAAAAAUGCGUUACGAAAUGUGAAAAUAUUUAAAUUGAUCUGAAGCAGUGUAAUGCCAGAAGAGAGAAAAAUAGAUUUUUAAAGUAUCGGAUACCAUUUUCAAUCACAUUCAAAUUAUACUUAAAAAGGAGGUGGUUCUUUUCUUCAAAAGAACUCUUAACACCUCACUUGAUUUUUUAAAUGUUUUGUCCUCACUCGAAACAGGUGUGUGAUGAACCUUAUUGUAUUGGAACUUAUGCCUUUGCAGAACAAACUCCUCACUGAAAGAUUCAUUGUUUAAAAGAAUGCUACGUUCCAUCCCAUCAUCUCAAACUGUUCUGAUGUCAUGAUGUCAAACGUUCUCUUGCGUGAGUUCUCUCCAGACGUCUUAACACCUCACUUGAUUUUUUAAAUUAACAAUGUCUCGUGCUUGAGCAUGUGACAUCAGAGUGGCAUGUGCCGUUGAGAUUGAACGUGAGGUCAUUCUCUUAAAACUGAGUUUUAAGGGAGUGAAAGUUACCUCACUGUAGAUAGUUUCUAAGCUAUAUUUUAAAAAUCCACGAAGCAGAGGUUUUGAUGUAAUCAGCAUUGGUGCACUUGUCCAAAACUAAGUAACUGAAUAAAUUACAGUUAAUAGUUGAUAUAAAAAUAAAUAUCAGGAUUUUCUUGUUUGUUUUGACAUUUUUAAAAGUAC